CUCUGAAGCUCUUUUCCACACCUCUCCCUCUCUCUUUGACCUCUCAAAUCGUCUCCUCACCCGGCAAGGUUUUUGCAGGGCGGCAGUCCCCCGGCUGCACCUUGCCCGUGUUUCUGUCGUCAUCGUCAAGAUGCCCGCCAUGCCCGAGGAGCUUGGUGAGGGCGCCGCCGUCGGUGCCGAGUGCAUUGUGGGGCUGGUGACCAUCAUCAUCACGAGUUGCCCACACACAAGGGUACAGCUACACCAGCCCCAGUGCAUCUGAGACACGACUGGCCGUCUGUGGGUUCUCGAAUGCAUGUGCGGUGGCUGAUGCAUUGGAUGUGUUUAUGCAGACGGCCAACGAAUGGCUGCGGGGAAAGAUCUGGCGAAAGGUCAAGUACAACCCCAACAUGCGGUAUGGGGGGAGAGGACCUUGUGAUGCAUUCACGCAUGUUUGCGUUGCCCGCAUUGACUUAUCCAUUUCUUCCGCAUGAUGAAUGCAGCAAAAGCAUCACGCCGCGCUUCAUCGCCGACUGCAUCACCACCACCAUCAUCACCUACCUGGGCGUGGGCACGGUGCUGGACGCAUUUUGCGGUGUCGGCGGCCAGACCGCCUCGCUGUUGGCUGCGGGCCUGACGGUCUAUGCGUGCGACAUCGACGCCGCCAAUGUCGAACACACCAAACAUAACGCCAGUGCCCACGGUUCGAACAUCGGCAGGAGCACGGCAAUGGGUGGCGCAUGUCACGACAUAUCCAUAUGCAAUAUUGCUGCCAAAUUGCUGCGUUGUGUGUGUGCAGGGGUGGGAGUCCUCGAGCGCCUCUUCAUACGCUGCGGCGACUACUUCAAGAGGGUGGCCAAGCUGGCAGCCCGGUGGGCCAGGGAGGGCACGAAGUUCGCGGCCAUCCAUUUCGACAUGCCAUGGGGCCAAGAGUACAGCAGCGAGACAUAAUGCCUCGACAAAAUGGGCGAUGGCAGCAUG